GAUCAGAAUGCACAUGAAUGCUUAUCAGUUGAUUACCUAGUUUUCUUCCUUAUUGCUCAUACAGUCAAUGCUUUGAUUGUGGGAUAAGUCAUUCAUCUAAGCAUCCCUCAUAGUUGGUACCCUUCACAUUUACAUGACUUCGUUUACCAUUCGUGUGACUCGUCUUAAAUUACUGAUCUGCCCCAUCAUUUUAAUGAAACAAUAAAAAUGAGCAUAACAAAUUGAUACAGAAGGGCAAUUAUGGAAUCAUGAAAACAGAAUGAGGAAGUACAAACUGCCCUCCAAAAGCUCUAAGCUUAUAUAUAGUUUAGACUGAUCAACUCUAGGAAACUGCUGAAAACAUAAUGGUUUUGAGAGUCAUGAUGUGCGUAAAAUUAGCUCUAGUAAUAACCUUACUCUUGUGUGUUUUACCUCUUGGGAUAGAAUCUCAAAGCCCGGGUUGUUCGUUACAAGGCCUACAGCUUGAUAAGUGCUUAAACCAAGAAGGACAAUAUGUUUUCUUAGAGCCUUGUUGCAGAGCCCUUAACCAAGCUCUUCGAGUUGGGUUCCACUGUUUGUGCUCAGUUUUCAUGACUGAUGCUCCUCAAUUAACCACCAUUUUCUCUUUGUCCUUUUCAAGCUGCUACAUUACUGUCCCUCCUUUCACCAUGUGCCGAGAUUUAGGUACAAUGCCAAUAUCUCUUCCAAUUCCUCCCAACAGUUCAGCCAAGGAUAUUCGGACUGCCCAGCAAACUCCCCUACUGCCGCAACCUCCUCCUCCUCAGGCAAUUGGCGGUCAAUUAGGCCUUAGUACCACGCCUGCCAAUUCUACUGUGGUGGAGCAGCAGUCGCAUCCAACCAAAAAUGUUACAUCGAUGCUACAUGUGGUGGAGAAUGGAAGCAAUGUACCUUCAUCUGGUAGUAAAGAGGAUUAUAUUUUCUGCUUCAACUGUUGGUUAAUUUUUAUAGCUCUUUAUGCCUUGGUUUUUAUAUAGCCUAAAUUUCUUAUGUCGUGUUUUAAUCCUUAUUGUAGAUUUGUACUCACACCAUGAGAAAGUUAAUUGAGCAUUGAUGGUUGCCUAAGAAGAGAAUUUGUUUAAUGAAUUUGAUGUUCAUGUGACCAAGGAAUUUGUCUUGGCGUCCAAGAUUUAAUUUAAUACUAAACCUAACCUUUCUAGCUAGCUUAAAGUCACAUUGGAAGACUGGAAGUAUAUGUUUGAUUUUAGGAAAAUUUGUUAGAAAAACCUUUUUAAGUGAAUUUUUUGUUCAUAAAAACCUUUUUAAAAAAAUUUGACUAGGAGAAAACUGUUAUAUUUUUUUAUUUAUUUUUUGUUAAAGAUAGCCAAGUGAGACUUUCCAACGUUGACUGUCACGUGCUUCCUAAUUUUCUAAUCACACCCCUCUUUUCCUAAUUCCACUCUUUUCCCUCCAAAUUAAACACUCUCUCUCCUACUCUCUCUCAUCUACAUGAACAAGCAUCGAGGCAAUUACUCUCUUCUAUGCCAUGGCUGCAACAUCAUCAAUGACAAAU